UAUGUUUCACGAAUUUUCAACACCACGAAUAAGGUUGUUCACCACGAAAUCGCUAAAUAAAGACCACGUUAAAACUACCUUGUCUACAGUAUAAAAAAUUUGAAUUUGUUUUGCAUAAUUGAAUACUGGAUAUUAUUAUUUUUAGGUGUAUCACAGGAACAGUGAACUAUGGGUAGCAGAGCAUCAUUUCCACUCGUGCCAAUUUCCAGUGAUCGAGUCUUCAUAGUAACGGGAGCGAAUACCGGAAUUGGGUACGAGAUCGCUAAAUGGUGCGCCAUGAUGGGAGCUACUGUGAUCCUAGCUUGCCGGUCAGAGGAUAGAGCCAGAAAAGCCAUGGAAACUAUGCAAGAGGAGUUUAAAACUGAAAAAUCCAAAGGAACUAAGGGUUUGACUGAAAAUCUGAAUCUUGCAAUUGAAUUUAUGAAACUGGACCUUGCAUCGUUUCAGUCAGUGGUAGAAUUUUGUGAAGAAUUUAAGAAAAGUGGUCGUCUGCUUCAUGUGUUGUUUUGUAACGCUGGUCUUGGAUCUGGUCCACAUAUUAAACAAAGUGGAGACGGACUUGAAAUGAUGAUGCAGGUGAAUUACCUAAGUCAUUUCAUCAUAAUUGCAAAAUUCCAAUCAAUAAUGCGACAGUCUGGACCUGAUUGCCGUAUAAUACUGAUGUCCAGUAAAGCUCACAAAUUUGUGAAAUUUGACGUCACAAUAAUGAAUUAUACGGGCACUGCCGAAAAGUUUUCAGGUCUGGAUUACUACGGACGAUCAAAGCUUUACCAAAUCAUGCAAACACUUGCAAUGUCACGGCGACUUAAAGAUACGAACAUUACGAUAAAUUGCAUGCAUCCAGGGGUUGUUGAAACAGAGUGUUUUCGUAAGUUGGACUCCUGCAUUCUAAACUGUCAUAUAGAAUUCUCUCGUAGGUGUGGUACUCUGAGGACACCCUUAGAAGGGGCAACUACAGGCAUUGACCUAGCGACCAACCCUAAACGUACAGGCGUAUCGGGACACUAUUGGAUAGACUGUGAAAUCGUUAUGUCAACAACGACGUCACGUUAUGAAGGGAAACAGGAGACAUUGUGGAAAGCAACGUUUCCCUUUAUAGAACAGUACCUUACAGAAACGGAUAUUGCUGACCUGGAGCGAGAGUAAUUUGCUCUGUGUUUUCUGUAAACAAAUCCGUUGGAAGCAUAGAAUGCAACCAAGCAGAAUAUUAGCAGACUCGGUUUGAUUAAUUAUGUUCAUGAGAGGUAAUGAAAUGUGCAACACCUCUCACGUCCCUUAACACCGGCUUAAGCGGAAUUCUGCUACACAUCAAUUAAAUUGACACCAUGAUCCUAAAGGAAAUAAUUUCCUAUCAACUUUUUCGUAGUUUUCAACAAUAAUUAUGUUGAAAUAAAUGACGGAAUACAUCAAACUAAAUUCAAAUUUUAAGGUGAAUUUAUUUUGCAAGAAAUAUCUUGUGAACAAUUUCUAUCUAAGUGAAAAACUGUCGAAGUUGUGAUCAAUUGCAUGGACAUAAAAAUCAUACAACCCUUUAUAUAAUGACGCAAAAGAAAUCUAUAAAUAUUAAAGGAUAUUUAUAAACUCUCAGACGUCCUGGUGUUAAAGAUGUACGAGCAUUGUUAUUUCAGGAUAUUCGCCAUUUUGAAAAAUUGUUUCCUUGAAUAUUUAUCUCUAAAAUAUAUGCAAAAAAUUCUAAAUAGUUAUAAUAUGACUUAUAAUGUACCAUUUAACCAAAAAGGUUAAGAUAUUUUUUUUCACACUUAUUAUUUGCUGGCAUUUGCCUAAAAUUGAUAUAUGUACAACGUUGUAGGGGGAGGUUAUUUCAAAUAUCUAUUAAAGUAGACCAGGUUUGGUUCUAAUAUUUUUCUGACUGAUAUAUAAAAUAAUAAGCAACAACUGAAACAUGUUUUAGUAUCUAAGAAGCAUAAAGUAAAAGAAAAAGAACUAAACAUAUGGAAAUUUACCAUUUUUAAAGUUAUUUUCUAAAUAUAUUUAUUAGAUGCACGGUGACCCCAACAUUUUGUUUUUCAUUUCGAAGCCUGUUUUGUGUAUCUUUAAAGCAGCCAAAUAUUUUUUUUCCAUUGAAAAAUGUGGAUUGUGUAAUUAUGCCAACGUAAAUUGUCAGUGACAUUUAUACUUAUCUAAUACUGAUAUCACCUUGUAUUCAUAGUAAGUAACAUGUACGACCUGAAAUCCCUAUAACAUUCAGUGGGAUAUUAAAUGUUUUAUAAAGUAUUCUUAUUUUUUUUAAAUUUUAUUUUAUUUCAGAAAUGCUUAAACAGUGGAUGAAGAAAAUGCCCUUUAAAAUAAAAACGAAUGCGCUGACAUGCGUGUUUUUCGGCCCUUAUUUGUCUUAGAAACUUAUAUUUUACAAGCUCACAGAGAAUUAAAAACUUCUUAACUGUAGAAAAAAUUGACCCUAUAUCCUUAAGAGAGACGUUCUGCGAGCAAAAAUACACAAUUCAUUUUUCAGGCCUUUGAGAAAUAAGAAAAUGUUAAAGAUUUUAUGUUUUAAGAUUUUAAUAUAUAAGAUAUUUGAGAUCAAAAUAGCCGCCAGUCAAACACCAGAUGUUGCAUUCUGGUUACGUUAUAUAUGAAUCAAAACUGCUCGUUGGUUUCUCUGUAAUUUCUUGUAGACGGUUUGCAAUCAUUUUUCAUUUCACAAGACGGGCAACUAUUGUACAUUUGUUGGAAUGGUAAUUUAGAAAAUCAUCAAAAAUGUAAAAUUCAAAAGAUAUGUAUGUAUAACAACAAUACAGGAAAACGGAGAAUUGUUCGGCUAGUUCUCGUCAAGACUGACGCUAUCAAUGGCGGCCAUGGGGGAUAAGUUUUCACAUACAUUAGAAGUGGUAGUCGUACAAACUGUUGAGAUUUAGUCGUCGUUUAAAUCAUAUCAGAUAGUACUUAAUUUAUUCUCCAGAAGUUACAAAGUGAAGUGCACAAAUUGUGACUUACUCACAAACGCCAUUGCUCUGCACAGUGCAUUAUUCUGUGAGAAAUAGGGCAGCUCAAGAGCAGCAUUAUGGGUAUACCUGUCAUAGAUGCUAGUGGUAAAACAAUUAGAAGUGUUGUGUAGAAUUUCUGCAGAGUAACAAUUGCUA